AUGUAUCAACCAAAUAAUAAUAAUAAUAAUAACAACCAAAGACCUUCAUCAUCAUUAAAGAGUAGUACGAGUAGUAGUAGCAACACCAGCGGUAUGGCCUCAUCCAAUAAUAAUAUUAUUAACAACAACAACAAUAGCAAUCAUCAUCACUUACCAAUCAUCAUGAUGGGUCAUACCAAUCCAAAUUCCAUUCAAUCACAACCACAGCAACAACAACCACUUCUCCAAGCAACUCCGAGUGCUCAUUCUCUCCUCGAUACAACAACUACUUCUCCAUUAUUUGGCUUUUAUCAACAACAAUCAUCUCUUCCUACAACCUCACAGCUUCAACCAUCUCAAUCAUCACAUCAACAAGAUCAAUUAUUUGCUUCCUUUCUUCUCAAUCAUUACCUCUUGUUGCAACAACAACGAGAAAUGCAUCAACAACAGCAGUCACAACAAAACGAACUCUCUCCAAAUCAACUUCAACAGCAAGCCAUGAUUAAUAACAUGAUGUUAAUGAUGUCCAUGAUGAAUCCGAUUCCUAACGUUAUUUCGCCUUCUCCAAAUUUACCCAUAUUGGAUUCACAACACUAUUCACAACCGCCCAUCCUUCAAUCAGUGUCAUCCUCUAGUAACACAUUUGUCACUAAUAAUAAUAAUAAUACUCUGUCUUCUCUUCAAAAUGGAACCUCUUCCGAUGUACCUACAACAGCCAUCUCCAUUCCUGAACCACUUUAUGAAUUGUAUAUAAAACCGAUUUUAAUGAGUUUGCAGAAUUGUGGGUUGUAUUCAGGCUCGAAUCAACCACAACAACAGCAACAAAAAUUGCAAGAAACUCAGCAACAUGAAAAUCAACUCACUUCAAGCAGUGAUCAUAUCAGCAAUAGCGGACUCCUAUUGUCACCAGUGAACAUGACCAGUAGUGACAAUCAACAACAAAAUGAACUGACAAUUACAUCACCAAUUUCAUUCUCCGUUGAUGAUUCGAAUUUAAGAGCAGAUCAUAACAAUAAUCAAUCGAUGAGCGAAAUGAAUAAUGUAAUUUCACAACAAGCAUUACUCGAAAGCUUACUUUUGGAAGAAGGCUUGGCCUCAGUUGUGGAAUUGUUGGAAGAUCAAUCAAAUAUUAACAAUAAUACUAACUGUAAUAUUUCAAAUUGUGACAAAGAUGAAGAAAAGAAACAAGAAGCUCACAAACAUUACGAUCCAAAGUUAAAUAAGAAAGGUCUCAAGAAGAAGCGUAAAUAUAUCAAAUCAGGUCUAUACAAAAAAGACAAGGAUGGAAAUUUUUUAUUUUCGAGUGGUGACAGAGCAAGAUUAGCUCAAAUCAAUAAUCCAUCCAACAAACAAUCAGAGGGCGAACUUGGUCACAAUGAAGAUUUCGGUCCCAAUGAACAUCAAGGAUUUUACAUGGAGGAUGAAAACAGCUUGAUAGGAAGCAUUGAAUCAAAAAACAGUGGUGCAUCAUCAAGUGGUGGUGAGAUUGGAUUUGGUCUAAGUGGAAGCAGUUCCUUGAUGAAUUCAUCACAACAAAUUCAGUCUGACAAGUCCAUGAAUCGAUGUGGCAGUUUCCACGAUUUAUUAGGAAUUGAGGACAAUUUUGAUGGUAAUGAAAAACAUGAAUUUUCUAAUGGUGCCGCAGCAAGUAGUAGCAACAGCGGAAUUGGUGCAGUUAAUCCUUUUGCUUCCCCCACUCAGCCUAAUGAUGAACAGUUACAACAGCUUGGAUUCGAACGAUAUUUUUCAGACCAAUUGCUUCACAUUGAGAAUGGUGAUGGCAUGUCUGGGGAGGAAACGUCACAACUGAAAAUUUUAGUAUGGGCUCAAUGGCAGCUCUUAUCGGAUGCAGAAAAGAAGAAAUAUAUUGACCUUUCACUCAAUGGUGACAUGACAGAGACAUCAUAUAUUGCUUCGUCACAACCACAACAAUCACAACUACCAAUACGUAGAGAUUCCAAGAAUUCAAUGGAUGACACAACCACUACAGGAAGUAACAUGUUAUUGUAUCCACAACCUAAUGCCACUAUUGCAUCCACUCUCUCAAACAAUAAUUAUAACAGUAAGAAGAGACCAUCUGUAAAUGAAUAUGAGGAUAAUGAUAAUGGAGAGCAUCAAGAUAAUGCAUCGAAGAGAGCGGAUCUUUCAAAUCGAGUGAAGAAACCUAUCAGUGGUUACAACAGCUUUGUGAAGAGUGUGUUCCCUACGUUUCAAGAACAGUAUCCAGAUGUGGAUAAGAAACAAAUUACCAAAUUGAUAGGUCAAAAGUGGAAGUCAAUGAGCGAAGAGGAGAAAAAAACCUUACUUGGAAAUUGCAAAACAAGCUCAACCAAUUGUCAAGAAACCACUCAAUGCUUAUAA